GAAUUUUAUCAUGGAAGAUCUGCAAUGGAAGUGCUGGAUUUGAGAGUAACGUCUGACGAAAUUAAUGUAAUACCCGGCGUGCUGCAAAAGAAGAGGUGAUUAUAGUACAAAGUCACUAGCACAUGAUGGAAGACUCAGAGGACUUGAAGAGUAAAGUCCUGGAGGAGCUGGAGGCUCGCUCUAAAGAUCUGUACUCACAGCUCGAGACCACGAAGGCUGUGUUAGCAAAUACGAUGAAGAAACUGGCAACUAAAGAGCGCCAACUCGAGAGAUCGGAGACGUACAGCGAGAGUCUGAGAGAGGAGAUGGAGAAGCUGAAUCGCCAGAUUGAAGAAUACCGGAUGAGAAAGGUUCAAACACAAGAUGCGCAGGUUCAAACCGAUGCUGACGAGAGUUUGACAGCAUGGGCUAGCCAGCAGAGGGCGCUACAGAUUAACAACUCUUGUAUCAUUUUCAGCCAGCAGAGGGCGCUACAGAUUAACAACUCUUGUUUAACUUUCAGCCAGCAGAUGGCACUACAGAUUAGCAACUCUUGUUUAAUUUUCAGCCAGCAGAGGGCACUACAGAUUAACAACUCUUGUUUCAUUUUCAGCCAGCAGAGGCCAAUAGAGGGCGCUACUCUUUCGAUAGAGGAAACUCUAAAAGCGACAGCUGAAGCUGUCAUGCAGCAGACUGGCUUUGUUUAUGACGAGAACACUCAACUUUACUACGACUACAACACUGGAUACUACUAUGAUGGGGAACAAGGUCUGUAUUACGACCCGACGAGCGGAACAUACUUUUACUAUGAUGAGGUCACAGGUGAAUACACAUUCCACUCCAAGAUCGACGCCAAGACAUAUCGUCAGUAUGACCAUCUGAUUAAAAAAUCACAGAGUGUGACUGGAGGGGUGGUGGUGGGGGAUGGAUCAAAAGGGAAGCUGAAUGGUGGAUCAUCGACCGGUGGAUCAUCAGCUGGGCAAUCAUCGACCGGUCUACCUGUGUACAAAGUGACGAGAAACACGGACAAUCCUGACAGAACAAGGAGAGACAGAGACGGUGACAGAGACCGAAGUAGAAGGAAGACAGAUGAAAACAGAAGGAACAAGACAGAAGAGAAAGAGAGAAGAAAGGAGAUGUCCACUGACGUUGACCCGGCUGUUGCCAAGGUAACUGACAGUCUAGAGAAGUUAGCCCUCGGAUCUCUCCAGCAGAACGCGUUAGUCUCGGAAAAACACACCAGAGAAGUCAGUUAUGUGACGAGCGGCGCUUACAUCAGGAGAGAGAAGAAGAAGAAAAGCGACCAGGACUCUACCUCUAGGAAAGAAAGAAAGACGAGUGAUGGUUGUGUCACAGAUAAGGAGAGUCCGAGAAAGAGGAGUGAUGGUUGUGUCACAGAUAAGGAGAGUCCGAGAAAGAGGAGAGAUGGUUGUGUCACAGAUAAGGAGAAUCCGAGAAAGAGGAGUGAUGGUUGUGUCACAGAUAAGGAGAAUCCGAGAAAGAGGAGAGAUGGUUGUGUCACAGAUAAGGAGAAUCCGAGAAAGAAGAGUGAUGAAUUUUCAAUCAUCCACAAUGAUAGUUUCAGUGGUAUAAAUAAUCAUCUCGAUGCUGAUGGUGAUCAUAGCAACGUCACUGGGAAGAGAGGUUGUAAUGAUCUGCAAGAUUGUAGUGUUGAUGAUCAUUCUGAAAUGCGUGACAGUAGCUAUGAAGACAGUCGUAAAAGAGGGAAGAUGAACCAGCCAGACCAAAAGGAUGAUUCGCGCAACAGACACAAUGCUCGUUGUAACGACGGUUGUAUUGGCGGGAAAGAAAAUCAGCUUGUUUGGAAUGAUGGUUCUCCCAACAAACUCGGAACUGUAUGUGGUCCAAGUACUGCAUGUGGUCCCAGUACUGUAUAUAGUCCCAGUACUGCAUGUGGUCCAAGUACUGCAUGUGGUCCCAGUACUGUAUAUAGUCCCAGUACUGUAUGUAGUCCCAGUACUGUAUAUAGUUCCAGUGGCAGUUGUUCCAAUGGGAAGAAGAGAUGUCCUGAACACGGCGGCAGGGGUUGUGGUAAAAUGGGACCAAUGAGAAAGAAACGGCGUCAUGAAGGAAAAGACGAGUCCCAUGUCAAAAGAUCUCAGAUGAGAAGAGAUAAAAAAAAAAACUUUCCUCAAGAUGAUGCAUCAUCUGCAGCGACUUAUAACAAAACUGAUUUAAAUAAUAAAGAAUGCAUGAAAGGUUUGGAAUCUUCAGUGUGUGAUAAAAAUACUGGCCACCAUAAUAAAACACAGAAGAAAGAUUUGGAAUAUAUGACUUGUGAUAAAGGUACUGACCACCAUAGUGAAAAUGCUGCCCUUCAGAAUCAAACACAGAGAAAUGAUUUGGAAUCUGUGACUUGUGAUAAAAGCACUGACCAUUGUAAUCAAUAUCCUGACCAUCCUAGUGAAAAUAUUGCCCAUCAGAAUAAAAUGUAUAGAAAAGAAACGGCUGGUAAUCAAAACAGAGCUGGUGAUAACUGUGAAACACAGACAAAUGAAUAUGUGAAGUCUUCUACAUUUUAUGUUGAUAUUGCUGGUGCUAGUAGUCAUGACAUGUAUUCAAGGGAAGACACAGGGUUCGUGUUGUGUGGUAGAAACAUGAUAGAUAAUGUUAAUGAAAUUCAGAGAAACGAAACUAUGUCUGGUGGCUCUAGUCCUAAAAUCUGUAGAAAAGAAAACACGGACUGUAUAACAUAUGAUAUAAACAGGAUUGAUAAUGCUAUUGAAGCACAGGGGAGACAACAAACACAGGGGAGACAACAAACACAAGGGAGACAACAUACAGAGUCUGGGAAAGGCUCUGAUGUCACCGGGUGUGAAAUGUAUGGCAAGAAAGACGUGGAGUCUUUGACAUUUAAUGAAAAUGCGACGUGUGCAGGUAACGAGGACACAGAACAGAAUGAGGACGAGACUCGUGCUGACGGAAAGAACGAGAAACAUAAGCAUAAAAAACACAAACAUAAACACAAACAUAUACACAGGCAUACACACAAACACAAACAUAUACACAGACACAGACACAUACACAGACACAGACACGAGAAAGAGAUAAAGGAUAAAGUAACCCGUAAUAAAGAACAUAGAGAAAUGUGCACAGACACAAAUGUAAAUGAUGACAGAACAGUGGAUGAUUGUGGUGUAAAUAAUGUCACUACAAAUGUCCACAUAACACCAGAAAAUGAAACUAGCUCUCGUACGCAUUCUGAAAAUCAAACUGUCAAAGACGGCGAUACGUCUCGGACACAUCAGGGACAGUCGGAGCGAUCUUUAAUAAUGGUAGAUGAUGAAGAAGUCAUUAAAGAUGAUAGUUACAACGACAGAGAGCUAGAACCAGGAGAAUUGUCAGCCGAUUCUUUUGAAGAGUCUGAUUGGUCAGAAAAACUGUCGGCUGACUCAUCCAAACAUUCUGAUUGGUCAGGAGAGUUGUCACCUGACUCAUCUGAAGAUUGCAAUUGGUUGGAAGAAAAGCCUGAUGACAUGGAGGUGGUCACUGCUGUUACAGAUCUUCCACCUGCUGUAGCCUCAAACUGGCCUCCGUGUGUUCGCGUCGUGGUCCAGCAGUCCGACUGUCUGGAUGUGGGGACGCUGUUCAUCGUCACGUGCACGGGUGGCUCGAUCGGGCGUGACAAGUCAAUGAACCACGCUAUCACCAUUCCAGACAUUAAUGUCAGCAAGAUGCAUGCAGAAAUACAUUUUGACUAUGACAGUCGUUGUUACGUCCUCACCGACACAGGAAGUCAGAACGGAACACUACUCAACUGGGAACGAGUUUCUGAGCCGAAUGCUGCGAGUUGCGCAGUGUGUGUGAAACACGGGGACAUUGUCCAGCUGGGUAACACGUCACUACUGCUUCACAUUCACCAGGGAACAGACACGUGUGACAACUGUGAACCUGGACAGAUCAGGGCUCGGGUCCAGAAAUCUAACAAACCAGAAAUCAUUGUGAUGAGUAAAAAAGACAAACUGAAAGCGCACAGAGAGGAGUUGAAGCAACUUAAGAUGAAGUAUGGACUGAAGAACUGUACGUACGUCGACAACACGGCUGCUAUCCACAACCCUGCAUAUGCUGACAAGGCUGAGAUUCGCCGACAGACGAUCGGGAGCGAUGUUCCUCACGCCAAGACCCAACAACCGGCUUCUGUACACAGACCGAUCUCCCAGGAAAACAUAGGUCACAAACUUCUCGCCAAGAUGGGAUGGAAGGAAGGUCAAGGUCUAGGAAAACAAGCUUCAGGAAUGUCGGAACCGAUUGCCGUGACGUAUCGAGGAAACCAGUCGGCUGGUCUCGGGUCUGUCGCCGCCGUGGGCACAUCACUGGACGAUGUCAGCGACGUCCAACAAAGUAAACGCUGGCUGCAGGCGCAACAGCGUUACGACAGACUAAACAAGGGAGGCAACUCAGCGAACAAAGAACCACAGCCGAUCAGAUUCUCUGUUCAAGGCAGAACUGGUGAUGUUUCAUGAUAAACCAUGAACGACUGUGAUACCGGCCACUUUCUCUAGCAAUGUGUCGGAUACAGACAGCCAGCAGAAAGCAGUUUACAGGGACACAGGUGGGGCUGGGGGGGGGGGGGG